AUGCGUUCGGACAAGCUCGAUAACUCAAAAAGUAAAAGAGGACAUCGAAGGGACGAGACGGCGAUGGGCAGCGUCAUGGCGCCGCUGGUGCAGGCGGCCUUCCAUCGGUACCACUGGUCCAUGUGCAGCGGACAGGAGCUGAAGAGAUACAUCCACACCUAUGAUUGUUUGCUGGAUGACCCUUUCAAACACGACUGGCCUCAGCUUCCUGAACUCCCCGGCAUCAACUACUCCAUGGAUGAGCAAUGCCGAUUCGACUUCGGAGUGGGAUACAAGAUCUGCACCUCGUUUCGGACGUUUGACCCGUGCAAACAGCUUUGGUGCAGUCACCCUGACAACCCUUACUUCUGCAAAACCAAAAAGGGCCCGCCUCUGGACGGGACCGAGUGCGCCCCAGGAAAAUGGUGCUACAAAGGUCACUGCAUGUGGAAGAACCCAAACCAGCUGAAGCAGGACGGCGCCUGGAGCUCCUGGAGUAAAUACGGCUCCUGCUCUCGAUCCUGUGGAACCGGCGUUCGAUUCCGGACCCGCCAGUGCAACAACCCGGCAGCCUCGAACGGCGGCCAGGACUGUCCUGGAGUCAACUACGAGUACCAGCUGUGCAACACAAACGAAUGCCCCAAGCACUUUGAAGAUUUCCGAGCCCAGCAGUGCCAGAAUCGCAACUCCAACUUUGAGUUUCAGAAUGCCAAACACCACUGGCUGCCGUAUGAGCAUCCUGACGCUAACAAACGGUGCCACCUGUACUGCCAGUCAAAGGAGACUGGAGACGUGGCGUACCUGAAGCAGCUGGUGCAUGAUGGGACGCGGUGCUCAUACAAGGACGCCUACAGCAUCUGCGUGCGUGGAGAAUGUGUGAAGGUCGGCUGUGACAGAGAGAUCGGCUCCAACAAGGUGGAGGAUAAAUGUGGUGUUUGUGGUGGAGACAACUCCCACUGCCGGACCGUGAAGGGAACCUUCACCCGGACUCCAAAGAAACCAGGUUACCUUAAGAUGUUUCAUGUUCCUCCUGGAGCUAGACACGUGCUGAUCCAGGAACACGAGGCCGGCCCGCAGGUCCUGGCAAUCAAGAACCAGGCAACAGGACACUACAUCCUCAACGGGAAGGGAGACGAGCUGAAGUCCAGGAGCUUCAUUGACCUGGGAGUGGAGUGGCACUACAUCCUGGAGGGAGACGUGGAGACGCUGCACACCGACGGACCUCUGCACGACCCCGUGGUGGUUCUGAUUAUACCGAAGGACAACGAGACACGAUCCACGUUGAUGUACAAGUACAUCAUCCACGAGGACUCGGUGCCGGUCAACAACAACAACGUGAUCCAGGAGGAAGCGUACGAGUGGGCUCUGAAGAGCUGGUCGCCGUGCUCGAAGCCCUGCUCUGGAGGGUUUCAGUACACCAAGUACGGCUGCAGGAAGAAGGGAGACACAAAGAUGGUCCACCGCGGAUACUGUGAGGCUAACAAGAAGCCGAAGCCGAUCCGCCGAAUGUGUAACCUUCAGGACUGCACUCAGCCUCAAUGGAUCUCUGAAGACUGGGAGCAUUGUACCAAAACCUGCGGCUCUCUGGGUUUCCAGAUCCGGACGGUUCGCUGCAUACAUUUCCUCCAUGACGACACCAGCCGCUCCAUCCACAGCAAAUACUGCAGCGGGGAGAAGCCGGAGAGCCGGAGACCCUGUAACAGAACCCCGUGUCCGGCCCAGUGGAGGACGGGCGCCUGGUCUCAGUGCUCCGUGACGUGUGGAGAGGGGCUGGAGCGCCGGCUGGUGACCUGCAAGACCGGAGAUCAGUGCUACGGGGACAAACCUGAGGCGGUGAGGCCGUGCAGACCGGGACCCUGCCAUGAUGAGCAGUGCAGCGGAGACAAAUCCAUCUUCUGCCAAAUGGAGGUGUUAGUAAGAUACUGCUCUAUUCCAGGCUACAACAAGCUGUGCUGCGAGUCGUGCAGCAAGCGCACUGGAAGUUUGUCUUUGUUCUCGGAGGCGCCGGAGAUGGAGGAACACAUCCGCUUCGGAUCGGCCUCCCAGCUGCUGGAGACAUUAAUGGCCAACGCCACCGGCGGCGGCAAGCAGAGCUCAGGAAAAAGCAGCGCUGCAAAACGCAUCACAACCCCAGCGCCGCUAAAGAAAGCCCAGCCAAAGAUCUCCAAAGCACCGAGGAGAGUCCCACGAGAUUUAAACCUCACCCCAUCGCUCCUCAAGGAGCCAGAAGGUCAAAGGUCAGGUGGUUUGAUGGGGAGCCGGUGGCCUACGUCAUACUCUAAGGUUGAGAGAUGAAAGUGAAGCGUGUUCCCUUUAGGACUCCUCAUGGACAGUAGAUUUUCCAGCCUCACCAAAUACACCACAGAGAGUCGGAAGGUGAAAGGAAAAGUGCUGGUUCACUUUGUUUUUAUCGAUAUCAUCGCCCCUCAAAUGGACUUUAAAUACAACGCUGACAUUCCCAGACAGCUCCCUUAAUCUUUGAGCUGAAAGAGUUCAAAUAAAGGCGACACGAUCCAAAGGGAAUUUCAUUCAAGUCAAAUUACAAAACAAAACCUUGAAAGAGGUCUCUGUCGGUUUGUUAGUCUGAGUCCAACAUGUAGUUUUCCAAAGAAAUUGCUGCUUUAUUCAAAAACAGUAUUGAAUUCUGGAUUUUGGUAAUCUUAAACAAUCAAAACUUCAGUUCCCAAAUUUAUGUUCUGAUUAGUUUAUUUUUCAGUUUCUGUCAAAAAUAACAUGAGGGCCCUUUAGCAGGAGAAGCCAAGUUCACACUGUGAAAUGUUCAUCCUUAGUAAAAUCUGUGGUCUGCUGCCUCCAACAGACAUUUUAAGACUCCAAAAACUAAAAACGACUUAUCACAAAUAUUAAGAAGUAUCGGAAGAUUUAGGAAUUAAAUCUCAUCUCCUGUUUUUAGUCUGAAUUGCUUUAAUUCAAAGAUUUGUUUUCUGUUUUUUUGCUGUCAUAUGAGUUUAAAAACAAUCAUACGGCUUGUGUUUUUUAAAAAUCUCUUCAAUAGAAAUAUAUAUAUUUUUAGUUUUAAAAUUGAGCAGUUUGUGCUUAAAGGUUUACAUUAGGUGCUUAAUAGACAAAGAAGAAAAUAGCCGCAGCAGACAGAGCUAAUUAAAUCUGUGAAAGGGAAAAUUUCAAGCUGCAUUUGUGAGGCGAGAAAAAAGAAAAUGUUUUGAACUGUUAACUUUUCUAUUAGACAUGGUGGCACUGCUCUUCUUAUUUACUUGCUAAGGUUUAUUUUCUGGAAUGCCUUAAUUCAAAAAGAUGUGAAGUUUUAACAAAAUCAUUUAAACUUUAACUGCAGUUUUUCUUGCCAAAAGAAACUGAAAUAUUUAGAAACUUGACUUGGUCAAUAAUCAGGAAUUUAAAUAAUAAAAAAUAAUCAAAACUGACAUGAAAUGUUAAAUGUUAGCCAGCUUUGUUUUGUUUUUGUUUGUUUGUUUUUAGAUGUGCUACCUUUUAAUUUCUAUGACAGUAUUUCUACAGUUUUCUGUAAAUAUCAGUAUUAUCUUGAGAAAUCAAGAAAACUUUGAAAUAUUCCCUUUUGCUAGCUUAGCGUGGCUAGCAUGUUCAAUAUUGCUGCUGUCAAUAUCAGAAGGAAUGAAAAUUAAGUCAAAAUAUUCAUAUAUUCUGAAUAUUUUCUUGUUACAAAUAUAUUUUUUGCAUGUUUUUGUUUUUUAUUAACAGUGACACCCUCGAUUCUAGAGCUAGAGACGGUUAGCUUAGCUUAGCUUACUGUAAAGGCUCUAGCAGUGUCCAAAAAUUAAAUCUAUGAAUCAGCUGCAUUCUCCAUGUUAGUGCAAACAUCAGAUAAAUUUGACUUUGGUUCCACUGUCAAAAGCUAAUAUACAAUAUAUCACUUUUAUUUAAUUUUUUUAAAAAGCUUCACGGUACAAACAUUAGCUUCCUAGAAACAGGGUCUGCAGAAAACAUGAAAUUUCUGCACAGAAGAGUUAAAUUAUUUCAUGAAUUCUGAACAUUUUUGCUCAGUGAGACUGGAAACGUUAAAGAAGUGAAUCAUACUCACUCUGCUUGUGCUUGUUUGGACAUUUUAAAAUGCUCCUCAAACAAACAUCGUUUUCCUAAAUUCUCAUGAAUAUUUUUUAGCUGCAUGUUGACAUGAUCACAUGACUCUUGCUGCAGAUUUAUUGGCUGCGUUGACGUGAAAUCCCUGUUCCACCACAUCCCAAACCUUGGAACCAGAGGCUGUUAAAUAAUAGUUUUAUGCUGCAUAAAAUUUUGUUUUUUGGUGCAAAAGCAACUAUAGGUGCCAUGGAGUCCAACAUAAUAGACAAUAUCGUUUCACACCAUUAAACCAGCAGCAUCUGAAUGCCUGAGCUCAAAUCAUGACUUACUUCUAGAAAAUAGAUUUUUAGUUUGUAUUUGUCCCGCUUUGGUGAGCUUGUGUGAUUUUAAACCUGUUUCUCUUUUUAAGCUGAUAAGAGUCAGAUUAUAUUUGUGGCUAGAAGUGACUAUUUGAGCUGUCGUUCCCUUCUUAUCAUCUUAUCUUCUACUCGUUCUUUUCUGGCAUCAACCAGGCCUUUUUGUCCGCACAACUGCUUCUUAUGGGCUAUUUUCUCUCUUUCUGGCCAUUAUCUGUCAAUCUAAAAGAUGCUGUGCAUGAAAAUCCUCACUGCAGUUUCUGAAAUACUCAGACGAUCCAAUCAGACACCAGCAACUAUGCCAAGUUCAAAAUACUUUAAAUCCCCAUUUUGUUCCCCAUCUGGUGCUUAGUUUAAAUUUCUAUCUAGACAUAUAAAUAAAUUGAAUUUCUGACUUUUCGGUGACUGAUUUGAAAUUGAAGUUACUGAACUGGUGCAGCCAGUCAACUGGCCAGUGGUUGUAUGUCUCAUCUGAUUCCAACAAAACUCUUGUUCAGAUGGCAAGUCUUAAAGACUAUUUGAAAUGAAAUUUUAAUUCACUUAUUAGAAUCUAUAUUUUUCCUAAAUUAACAAACUAGCUUCACCUGUUUUUAAAAUGACAAAAAAUGUGUUUUGUUCUGUGAAAUGACCAAGCACCUCUCUUUUUUUGUUUCUUUUUUUUUUACAGUUUUAACAAGUCUCUCUUUUUGACAGGAAGUGCUAAAACCUGGCAGAGACUUAAAUUUCAGAUGUGUUACUUUCUGACUACAACCAGCUAUUAUUUCUAAAACAUUAUGUAACAGCUCAUAGGAGAGACACUACAUGAGCUGCCUUGUAUGCAGGCAUAUUAAAGAAGUUCAUGUGAUGUAGGUCUGAAAGUGAUAAAAUGAAGAAUUUUUUUUUUUUUUUGGGACAUCAGGUCCCGUUGCAUCUGUAAGGUUUUGGGAUCAAAGAUGUUUAAUUAUGUUCUCAGCCUCGUUUUCUUCUUGCUUUUGUUUUUUUUUUUUUACUGCCCCGAAUUGGUCAGAUAAUUAUUCACUAGAUUAAUCAGAAAGUAGGUCAUGCCAUCAGUUUCACUGUGUUUCCAGCCUCCAGCAUGCUGAGGUGAGUGAAUCUUCACCACUGGAAACAGCUUUGGGGACCAAUUUUUAUGCAUCUUAUACUAUUUAUGUUAGAGUUAAGUGCAUUGUAAUGUAGUACUGGCAUUAUUUUUCUGUUUCACCUCAUCUACAUAUUCCAGUAAAUGAAUGUCAGAUACGCUAUACUUUUACCUUUUCUAUACUUUUAAAGAAUAUAAAAUUAAGUUAUUGUUGGAGUUUUCAAAUAUUUUUCUUUUAAACAUGCUAAGGUGCUGAUUUUUUAAAUCAAGGAUUUUCUAAUUUGCUAAUACUUUGUGAUAAAAUUGAUUAAGGGCAUUGGACUGGUGCUUCAGGAACCAAAGGGCUUUACAGAGGAGAUGUGCUUUUAUUUUUUUUAAUCCUAUAUAAAUGUUUAAUUUAUGUAGGAAAUAAUUUCACUUUUAUUUUCCUCUCAACUUUUUUCUGUUCAAGUAUUAAAGGCGAGCUGUUAUUGGAUCCGGGAUAUUUCAGCUGUUGAAUAAAAGUACAAACAUGUGAACCAGAACAAAACAAAACUGUUCAACCUCUAUUAGAAAGAAUUUACUUUAUACCAACUUAGCCUGAAUAAAUAUAUUAACUAAUUUAAUGGAUUUACAACAAAGACUUACACAUUCCAGUUGAGUUAUUGUUUUAGAGCUUGAAGAAAAAAGUCUAUAAAUCAAUACAGUUCAAAAAGUCUGUGUUCAAGUCUAGGCUGAUAAAGUUGUGAGUUGAAGGUUAAAUUUUUUUACAGGAUAAAAGCCAAACUUUCUGCUGGACUUUCAACAGAAUCCUACUGUGUAUGAAACCUUUUUUCUCCUAGAUUCUUUAAUAAUCUCUUUUUUAUGGCGAACUGAUGUUCUGCAGAGAGAAAGCUAAUUUAUUUCUGAAAAGGAUUUCCUAACUACCACCAUGCAUCUGACUGCAAUAGCCAAAGACACGGUUUUGUGUUUUCAGCAAAUAGUUUUCAGCUUUUCACACUCACUCCUGUGUGCCAAUGUACAGUAAGACAUGUAUAUAGCAUUGAGAGCAUAAGUAUUUAUUGAAAGUCAAAUGGUUCUGCUUUUUAACAGUCGUGCAGUAAACUGCAGCAGGUACAUCAUGGAACCCGAAUCAUUCAAAUAAAUAAAUGUGAUAGAGUAGAAAUGACUUUUGUUGGUGCAUUUAGUUGUAAAUAUACAUGCUCAGUUUUGAGUCACUUGUUAGAAGGCUGUUUUUUUUUUUUCUCGACUGUUUUGUAGAUGUUAAGAAUCAUGUCUGUUCAUUACAGCAGCAUGUACUGACUGAUCAGAGUUAAUAAAAAAACAAGGGUUUUACGCUCUUUGACUUUUUUUGUUUGUUUGUUUUACGUUUUCCUCCCCAGUUCCUUUUGAAUUUCUGCCUUUAAAAGUUGCUGCUAAUGUUGUAGAGAGCUUGAUAAUAGUGUAGUUGUUGGUGAUAAAUGACAAUCCCUGAGCCGCAGACAGAUGUUCUAGCAUAGGAUUCUCCAUGUACUGUAUCAACGCUGUUGUUUUAGCCGUGCUUUCAAACACCGUUAGCUUCUGCUCUGUUUUUCUUUGUAUUGUUUGUGUAGAUGGAAUUGCACACUACUGAUGCUGUUUGUUGUAUUGGGGAGCACAUAGCAAUAAAGGAUUUGAUGAAUUAA